GUGCGACUUGAACUUCCUGUCAGCAGACGGCUGAAGUGAAAAUGAAACUACUCACACCGCAAAUAUUUAAUGCUUUUAGAAAUUACAAAUGCAGAACAUUGCCUUGUUCUUCAUAUCUACAAUACAGAUAUGAGAAAAGGAGAUACUCUGAUUAUUUACCAGGAAAGACUGUCAGAAUAGGAUGCGCAAGUGGUUUUUGGGGGGAUACCUCUGUUUCGACCCCACAACUUAUCUAUGGAGGGAAGAUUGAUUACUUGGUCUAUGACUAUCUGGCCGAGGUCACAAUGUCUCUGCUUGUUGGGGCAAAGCAUAAGAACAGUGAGAUGGGAUAUGCUCCAGAUUUCAUUACGGUAGCCAUGGCACCAUUUAUCAAAGAUAUCAAAAGACAAGGAAUAAAGGUUGUAAGCAAUGCAGGGGGAGUAAAUCCUCAUGGUUGUGCUGCUGCACUGAAAAAAGUAUGUGAGGUUGCAGGGGUCAAUCUAAAUGUUGCUGUUGUCACUGGAGAUGAUCUCAUGCCAAAGUUGAAGAGUCUCCAAGAUGACUGUAUAAUAGAUAUGCAGUCUGGUCAAUCAUUUCCAAAAGCAGUGGUCAGCAUGAAUGCCUACAUUGGGGCAGGCCCCAUUGCUCGAGCCCUGGACCUUGGAGCUGAUGUUGUGAUCACAGGCCGCUGUGUAGACAGUGCUGUAGUGUUAGGACCUCUUGUACACACAUUCGGAUGGGAUUGGAAAGAUUUCAAUAGUCUUGCUGCUGGAAGUCUUGCAGGGCAUUUGGUAGAGUGUGGGGCUCAGGUCACCGGAGGAAUUUUCACAGACUGGGAUAAGGUACCCGACUGGGACCACAUUGGAUUUCCUAUUGUGGAGUGUGCCUCCAAUGGUGGAUUCAUUGUCACCAAACCAAAGGCGACAGGGGGUCUGGUGAACAGGGGGACGGUCAGCGAGCAGCUGGUGUAUGAGAUAGGGGACCCAGAGCACUACAUGCUCCCUGACGUCUGCUGCGAUUUCUCUCAAGUACAGCUGGAUGAAUUUGACACACCUGAUGGUACAGCUGUUUAUGUCUCAGGGGCCAAAGGUCAUCCUCCUACCGGGGAGUUCAAGGUUUGUACCAUAUAUCCCAGUGGAUUCAGAGCCACUGCUGUAGCUUGCGUGGGUGGUGUCAAUGCCAAGGCUAAAGCAGAAAAAACAGCUGAAGAAAUCCUUAAAAGAUGUAGAAGAGUUUUUUCACAAUUAAAUAUGAGUGAUUUCACGAAAGUCAACCUUGAGGUGCUUGGCUCAGAACAUAUUUAUGGACCACAUAGUAGAGUUCCAAAGGGUGUAAGGGAUGCUGUUAUGUGGUUAGCAGUUCAACACAAAGACAAAAAGGCAUUAGAGUUUUUUGCCAAAGAAAUUGCCCCUGCAGGAACGGGGAUGGCUCCAGGAUUAACAAACAUCAUUGGUGGACGCCCAAAAGUAAAUCCAGUGCUGAAGAUGUUUUCCUUUCUGUAUCCACGCAACAAUGUCCAGGUUGACAUCCACAUGAAUGGUGAACAUGUAGAACAGUAUCAGUUCCCAGACAUCCCUAUGUCAGAGUACAUGACCCAGAAUGUGACGCCUCCCUCCCGAGUGGUGGAGACACCCCUCCCAGGGGGAGACUACUCCUUCAGGCUGGAGGAACUGGCCUACACCAGGAGUGGAGACAAGGGAAACAGUGCUAAUAUUGGUGUGAUUGCCAGACACCCUGAUAUACUACCCUAUCUUAGACAGGCUCUCACUACAGAGGCGGUGGAAAGCUACUUCUCCCAUCUCUUUGAGAAUAAGAGUGUACCCAGUCACCAUAAGAUACAGAGGUAUGAUGUACCAGGAGUGUAUGGGUUGAACUUUGUGCUGCAUGAUGUGCUAGGGGGCGGAGGAAUCGCCUCUCUCAGGAGUGACCCUCAGGGAAAAGCCAUGGGCCAGAUGCUGUUGGACUUUGAAAUCAAAAAUGUGCCCAACUUAGUAGAAAAAAUAGAGAAGAAAUACAGAAGAUAGCAGGCAGCAGCGCAAAGUGUUUCGGCUGAAAACAGUGUAACUACCGGGUAUAUAGGAACUGUGACUGUGAUAUUUAUGAGUGACCUUAUUAAUCAUGUUCAAAAUUACAUGAAGAAAAGUUAAGAUUUUCAUCGAAUCAUAUGUAUCUCUUAAAAGUGCAAACGCAUUGCAAUCAAUUUUUCUUAUCAAAAUAUUUUAAUAAAAUAAUAAUGUUUUAUGUGCAAGUCAUAAGAAAUAAAGCUUUGUACCAAUGGU